CGUCCAUCCGGGGGUCGGGCUUGGCACGUGUCCUCACAACAAUCUCUGUCUGUAGGUUGCAGGAUCGCAGUCGAUCGGUCCUGGGCCUCGCGCUGUCUCCCAAGAAGACGACGAAACACCGCAGAAUGAAUAUCGGUUCUAAAAAUAAGAAGAGGGUGGUUCUGCCCAGUCGUCCCGAGCCCCCGACUGUGGACCAGAUCCUGGAGGACAUCAACAGAACCGCUCCCAACGACCCGGUCUUCAGCAUCCUGGAGAAGACCGGACAAGAUUCGUACCGGUCCUCAGACAGCGAUGUGGACUUGCGGUUCCAGCAGUGUCAACAGUAUCUGGAGCUGAGCGAGCGGCUGCAGGAGGCGCGCGGUCGACUGUUGCGAUGGAGGGAAGAGCUGCGAUUGGCAGGCGAGCAGCUGCAAAAGGACAUGGCAGAGGUCAAAGGUCAAACACUCUGACUCCACUCCUGUUAGAGGCUUUCCUCUUUUUUUUUAUCGGACCAUCGUCGGAAUGUGAUUCAGCUGACUCUGACAGUGGUGGGGCCUCCGCAGUGUUGCUCCUGACCUCUCACCUCACACCUAAUGACAAAUUACCAGUGUUAAGCGAUGUAACAUUUGCAUAUUUUUCCGGGAUAGUCAGUAAAUACAAGUUCUUUUGUUUUGAAAUGAAGGAAAGCAAACUAAUCCUCAUGUUUAAGGAUCAAAGGAUGUCACAGUUGGUCAUGGAUCGCAGUCCUUUCAGCACUUGCUCUGUAAAGUGUUGAUGUGUUCAGGCGGAACGGGAAGUUUCCUUCUUAUUUUGGUUAGUUCCUGAAGUUGAAGCUGUUCUUGUACUCCUCUGCAUCUCGUACGGGGUCAAGACCAUUUUCAGAAGCUCUUGUCUCGGAAUCGACUGAAUGUUAUCGGUCUCAGAGAAGGAGCACUCUGGAUAGCAAUUUCAUGAUCACAACUGUGGGGAUAUCACUACAUUGCUUAUGUACAUUGUCAGAUUCUUUUGUACAUUGUCAGAUUUAUCUGUUAACAUUAGUGUUCUGGCUCACGGAUUCAAUGCUUAAAUGCUGUUAAAUGCUUUUGCAAAACAACGUAGGCACAAUUUUUGUUUUUCAAAAUUCCCGUGGAAACUUUCCGCCCCUUUUGCAAUUCUAAUAUUGAAACAGGUUUUCCUUAAACUGGAAUUGAAAUCUGAAUAAAUACUUCUUCUCUAAA